CGAGAUAAUUCACAUAAAUGUCAAAGUGCUGCAAUCUCUGUUCUUAUGUCAAUAUUAGACAACUCUAAACCUUUCUUGGCAAUGGCUAGUGACCCGUCUUCAGGACCGACCCAUCCCUUCAUAUCGUACUCAAAUAAACUUGGGGGCGUGAUAAGAGAGCUUCAUUGCUCACUCCUUGAGUUUAUUUUAAAGGAGAAGAGAGCAACGUUAUUAACACAGGCAGUUAAAUGUUUGGCUAUUUUAGUUUCUAAUACGUCUUAUCACAAACUCACAAGUUCAUACAUAAAACAUAUAUUGUCAUGUCUUGGAUCUAUCAUUUCAAUAAAUCAAACCGAUGUGUCGAUUGCUUGUCUUACCUGCUAUGGUGCUCUUAUUUCACUCUCUCUUCCAUUGGAAGACUCGGGAAAGUCCUCGUUGCCUCGUUGCGAGAUGGAGGCGUGGCUUAAAGAAGAUCUUUGGAUUUUGGAUCAUUGUGUUCAGUUAAUUACGCAACAAGACACAAAGCAGUCGUUAUUAAUGGAAGCCAUUCAAGUCCUCACCGCUCUUGUCAAGUUCUAUUUCCCUCAGAUUAGGCCUAAAUGGAGAGAACUUGCUAACGUUUACUUUGAGCAUUUGGUCAACAAACCAGAGCCGAUCCAGCUUCAUGCAUUAAAGUUUCUUGAUGAAAUUGGGCGCACAUUGGCAACAAGACAAGAUAUGUCUGAU